AUGCUCUAUGAUGCUCUAUGUUCCUCAUCAGCCAAGAGCAGCCAAAAGCCACCACAACACUGUAAACGCUAUCAAAGUUGGAUUCAAUAUUCAAGUGCAACGACAGGCAACUUCAUUACAUGCUCCGUGCCGGACUUUGUCAAGUGUGGUAGAGCAAGGAAUUCAAGUCGAUACUUUUAUAAAGGACAUAUGGAUUCGAAUGAGGCACUGCAAUCAUAUAAGCAACCAAGCGUCAGCAGUGGCAGACAGUCGGACAUGUAUAAAACAACCCAAUCAAACGUUGUUGAGUGGCCUUCCCACCAUUUGGAGUCUCGCGUACGACCACAAUCAGAAGAACAGCCAACCUGCUCUCAACGGCAACCGAAUGAAAGUGUUCACGGACCACUGGAGGAAAUUGAGUUGCCGCUUCAACCGUUAUCAGGGAGAUGUUUGCGGAAGCGGCCACUACUAGACAUGGAAGAGCGGCAGCGAAAGAAAGCUGAACAAAUGGCAUUCAAUAGACGUAAUGAACCUGAAGAUAAGCGUAAGAAGCGGUUAGCGGCCCAGGCCGAAAGAUCCAGGUUGAGAAGAAUGAAAGAGACCGAAGAGCGGAGACUGGAACGCCUCGCGAAUGAUACAGAAAGACGUAAAUUAAGAAGAUCAACCGAAACGGAAGAACAGCGAUCAUUGCGCUUGCGUUCAUUGGCAGAUGUUAGGAGAAAACAACGUGCACAAAACAACAACUUGCUCAAACAACAUCAUAGCAGUCAAGAAGAAUUUGGUGCAAACUCAAGAGAAGUUCUGGAAGAAAAUGUUAUGGGCAAUCCUUCUGAUGUUGCGCGUAAUGAUGCAUUCGUUGCCUUCUCUACCCAAGAAGCAACACCUGAGGCUGAUCCGCUGCAGCACUCGGGCACCCGUGAUGCAUUUUCUGGCCAACGAUCAAUGAUAAACUUUAAGGAUUUGAUAAGCCAGAGACUCAAUACUUCCGAAGACGAGUUUCAACACAACGCAUCUGUACCUUAUUUGGAUGAGAGUGCUUCCAGACCUUUGCCUUCCACGUCUGCCUACGUACCUUUGAAAGAUCUAACAAUACAGGUAGAUCGAGUAGGAAGCAGAAAAUUAUCUGUCGUGGACUAA